AUGGGGCAUCCUCCACCCGAGCCUGUGGGCCAAUCCCACCCCGACCAUACAGACGUCAUUCGGUCCUCACAACACUCUGAGCUCUCGUCAACAGAUAUACCUAGUGAUAGUGAUAGCGAUGACGAUGAAAGCACCGCUACACCCUUUCUUGACAGUCAGAAUAUUCGUCGCUCUGCACCCGCCCCGAUUCACACAAGCCACCGCCGCUUCCCGUCGAUCGAUGAAAGCGACACAGACCAUGUCACCUUGCCCGCCCCAGAACAAGAGUUAGCAGAAGAGAAGCCGGUGACAUGGAGCUCGCUGCCCAAGAAAGGCCAGUUGGCUAUUUUGACAAUGGCGCGGCUGUCUGAGCCGCUCACCCAGACCUCGCUGCAGGCAUACAUGUUCUAUCAGCUGAAGUCGUUUGACCCGUCGUUACCAGACUCGACCAUCUCGGCGCAGGCUGGUAUGCUACAGGGUAGCUUCACAGCUGCUCAGUUCCUCACUGCUGUAUGGUGGGGUCGGCUGGCCGAUGCAGGAUGGAUGGGCCGCAAGAGAGUUCUCUUGAUCGGCUUGUUUGGUACUUGUAUCUCUGCACUUGGAUUUGGCUUUUCCCGGUCAUUUACUACUGCAAUCAUAUUUCGCACACUGGGUGGUAUGUUGAACAGCAAUCAAGGUGUUAUGCGCACAAUGAUCUCCGAGAUUGUCGUGGAGAAAAAGUACCAAUCACGAGCAUUUUUGCUUCUUCCAAUGUGCUUCAAUAUUGGUGUCAUUAUCGGUCCCGUCUUAGGAGGAACACUGGCAGAUCCUGUCCAGAGUCUGCCCUGGCUUUUUGGCCCGGGUUCCUUAUUUGGGGGUGAAAAUGGAGUAUGGUGGAUGAAGCAUUGGCCGUAUGCCCUGCCGAAUCUACUGAGUGCUUGUUUCAUCUUUAUGUCGUCCCUUGCGAUUUUCUUUGGUCUCGACGAGUCCCAUGAAAUCGCACGUCAUCGCAGAGAUUGGGGCCGCGAACUCGGAAAGAGAAUAGUUCGCGCCUUUGCCAGGCGCCCCUUACACUACAGUCCCCUUACCCGCUCUGGUCAAGAUGCCUCUAUGUAUCUGGACGAAAACACGGAGUGGUCAGCACCAUCGAGUCCAGUUCGUGCACGCUCGCAGCCACCUCAGGUUCCACGUAAACGAGCAGGAUUCCGACAAAUCUUCACACGCAAUGUGGUCUUGACUCUCCUGACCCAUUUUCUGCUCGCAUUCCAUACCAGUGCCUUCAACUCUAUGACCUUCGUGUUCCUACCUACUCCCCGUGCCCCUGAAGACUCCCGCACAGGCUUCUUCCACUUCAGUGGAGGACUAGGUCUGCCAUCUGCCCGAGUAGGCCUUGCCACUGCUAUCAUUGGCUUCAUUGGUCUCCCGCUGCAAAUAUUCUUAUACCCUCGCAUCCAAGGAAAGCUGGGAACACUUACCUCGUUCCGUACCUUCCUUCCUCUUUCGCCCAUUGCGUACUUAUUGAUGCCUUUCCUUGUGGUCCUGCCUCGUGUUCCCUACAUUGUCUGGCCUUCCUUCACCUUUGUCGUGUCUUUGCAAGUCAUUUCCCGCACAUUUGUGCUCCCUGCUGCCAUCAUCCUUGUCAAUAACUGUGUCACUGACUCCACUAUUCUCGGCACGGUGCAUGGUAUUGCGCAAAGUAUCUCUAGUGCUGCUCGUACCUUGGGCCCACUUCUCGGCGGCUGGGGUCUUGGCCUGGGUCUUAUGCACAACAUGGUAGGAGCUAUUUGGUGGGCUUUGGCAGCGGAAGCUCUGAUCGGAUAUAUGGUGCUUUGGACUAUAUAUGAGGGCAAGGGAAUUGAACGACCUAAGCCUGUGGCGGAUGAGGUGGAAGAAGGAGAAGAGCGAUGA